GCAAAGAAGUGCGCUAACUUUCAAAAUACUUUCAAAGUUCACGCCUUAACUUUCAAAAUUCAUGUCCUAACUUUCAAAAUUCAUGUCCUAACUUUCAAAAUUCAUGUCCUAACUUUCAAAAUUCAUGUCCUAACUUUCAAAAUUCAUGUCCUAACUUUCAAAAUUCAUGUCCUAACUUUCAAAAUUCAUGUCCUAACUUUCAAAAUUCAUGUCCUAACUUUCAAAAUUCAUGUCCUAACUUUCAAAAUUCAUGUCCUAACUUUCAAAAUUCAUGUCCUAACUUUCAAAAUUCAUGUCCUAACUUUCAAAAUUCAUGUCCUAACUUUCAAAAUUCAUGUCCUAACUUUCAAAAUUCAUGUCCUAACUUUCAAAAUUCAUGUCCUAACUUUCAAAAUUCAUGUCCUAACUUUCAAAAUUCAUGUCCUAACUUUCAAAAUUCAUGUCCUAACUUUCAAAAUUCAUGUCCUAACUUUCAAAAUUCAUGUCCUAACUUUCAAAAUUCAUGUCCUAACUUUCAAAAUUCAUGUCCUAACUUUCAAAAUUCAUGUCCUAACUUUCAAAAUUCAUGUCCUAACUUUCAAAAUUCAUGUCCUAACUUUCAAAAUUCAUGUCCUAACUUUCAAAAUUCAUGUCCUAACUUUCAAAAUUCAUGUCCUAACUUUCAAAAUUCAUGUCCUAACUUUCAAAAUUCAUGUCCUAACUUUCAAAAUUCAUGUCCUAACUUUCAAAAUUCAUGUCCUAACUUUCAAAAUUCAUGUCCUAACUUUCAAAAUUCAUGUCCUAACUUUCAAAAUUCAUGUCCUAACUUUCAAAAUUCAUGUCCUAACUUUCAAAAUUCAUGUCCUAACUUUCAAAAUUCAUGUCCUAACUUUCAAAAUUCAUGUCCUAACUUUCAAAAUUCAUGUCCUAACUUUCAAAAUUCAUGUCCUAACUUUCAAAAUUCAUGUCCUAACUUUCAAAAUUCAUGUCCUAACUUUCAAAAUUCAUGUCCUAACUUUCAAAAUUCAUGUCCUAACUUUCAAAAUUCAUGUCCUAACUUUCAAAAUUCAUGUCCUAACUUUCAAAAUUCAUGUCCUAACUUUCAAAAUUCAUGUCCUAACUUUCAAAAUUCAUGUCCUAACUUUCAAAAUUCAUGUCCUAACUUUCAAAAUUCAUGUCCUAACUUUCAAAAUUCAUGUCCUAACUUUCAAAAUUCAUGUCCUGACUUUCAAAAUUCAUGUCCUAACUUUCAAAAUUCAUGGCCUAACUAUCAAAAUUCAUGUCCUAACUUUCAAAAUUCAUGGCCUAACUAUCAAAAUUCAUGUCUUAACUUCGAAGGUUAGGGCCCAAAACGUAAGCGCCUAACUCAGAACGUAAAUUCAAAAUGUAAAUUCAAAAUUCAAAAUGUAAAUUCAAAAUUCAAAAUGUAAAUUCAAAAUAUAAAAAGAAAAAUCAAAAUUCAAAAUGUAAAUUCAAAAUUCAAAAUGUAAGUUCAAAAUGUAAAUUCAAAAUAUAAAAAGAAAAAUCAAAAUUCAAAAUGUAAAUUCAAAAUUCAAAAUGAGAAUUCAAAAUCAAAAAAGAAAAAUCAAAAUCAAAAAAGAGAAAUCAAAAUCAAAAAAGAGAAAUCAAAAUCAAAAAUAAGAAAAGAAAACCAAGGCAAAACUUUAUAAGUAAAUAGAUUUAUAUUGAAAUUCAUUUUCUGGCAAUCAUCCAGAAAAAAAUACGAUUUUUUUUUGUUGCUUACUUGUCUACAAGUCCGCCAACAUUUAUGUACGUGGCUUGAAUCGGGCUAGGGGCCCGAACCUACGAACUAAGAGAAGUACAGGGACGGGGCCUGCCUUGUAGAAAAGCCAGCGCGGGCUCACAGGGCCACCUAUCUAAGCGCACACUUACCGUGAUGGAUGUAGGAAGGAAAACACUAGCAGAAAUUUGAUAAACUAAC